ACCAGUUAGUGUCACUGCCUUAUUAAAAACAACAGCAAUAAAUAUUCUCGAAUAAAAAUCGCUCUCGAAAUUAGGAAUAGGUAGAAAAAUGAAUCUUUUAGAUCUGCCGCAGACGGUGCUCCUAGACAUCUUCGAAUGGUUGCCCUACGAUGAAGUGGCCAAAAAACGAGAGGUGUGCACACUUUUCAAUUACCUUGGCCAGCAGGUCUUAAAUAAGGGAUUCAAUAAGAUUAUUAUGGCCCAUGCCAAGAAUUUUAAACGCAUCAAAUCUAUGCUGCCACGACGUGAAUCAGAACGCAGGAACCACAUACUAUCCCGCCACUCGGACAUACUGACCUCCAUUGAGACGCGCAUUUCGAUGUUGACCAUGACGUACUCCAAGUUCAUCGACCUCAACAUCUGCUGCUUUAUACCCGGCCGCGUUCUCGACGAGAUCAACAGCAUCCUGCGCAUUCUGAGCACCUCCACCAAGCAGCUGCGACCUCACGAGGUCCUGCAGGAACUGCGAGACAUCUCCUCUAUGGCCAUUGAGCACUUCGACGAGAAAAUUGCCGUUAACUUCAAAAUGGAACACCGGAAACAACUGGCGGAAUCCACGGCGGCCGGAACUCGGCUGGUGGUCUGCAGUGCCCUCGGCGACAUCAGUUUCAGCGGCGUCAAGCGAAACGGAAUCAGUCGACCCGUGGUGGAUCAUGCCCUCGUCCAGCAGGCCCUCGUGCAGUUGGCACCCAUCUGCGCCAGCAAACCAGCACAGCCAGAGUCCCAGCAAAGGGAUCGCGUCUCCAAGCACAUCCUCAAGCAAUACCAACUCCAAAGGACACUUAUGCAAAAAGUACGCACCCUUGAGAUGUCGCGCAAGGUGCAAGAUCGCCGGCUGCAGGAUGCCGUCUCCACGAUAACAGAACUGACCACCCAGGUGUCGGAACUGAAGCGCCAAAUGGAGGAUGUGUUGGCCAAUAUGCCCAGCUGUGGCGUCAAGCGACAGGCGGUGGCCAGUGCGGACUGCAUGCCACCGGCCAUUAAAAAACCCAAGGUCUAGCCAAGGAUUAGGUUAAGAAAUUAGAUUACAAAAAAAAAAAAUGAAAAAAUGAAUGAAAGAAAGAAAACUCCCCUCCAGACGAAUUUUAGCUGAUAGUUGGAGUACGUAGCAUAAACUAGACAGUGCAGCUUCGAUAUAUCGCGUUAAGAUUUAUUGUUGCACUUGUUACUUAAAUAUUGUAUUACUACUAUAUAAAUACAUUGAACAUCUAGUGAAAAGUUCUCAUUUACGCAAUCGCAA